ACAGUUGUGCGCAGACCUGUCGCCAUAUUGGAUCUUUUGCAGCCAAAAUUUUCCGAGCCUGCACAAAAAUGCCUCUCUUCGAUUUCCUCAAGCCUGUCAAGGUCGCCAAGGCCCAGGAGGCCGACGAAGAGUUGGUCGACCCUCAGACCACCCUGAGAAACAAAUGCAACGAGCAGGCAGCAGUGAUCACCUUGAAAGAGCGCUACGAAGCUUGCAAUGACCGGGUCAACAGCAAGAGCCGCACCACCGAGACUUGCAUCGAGGAACUCAAUGACUAUCUUCAUGUCCUGGACGCCUGCGUGACCAAAACGCUCUUCAGUCAACUCAAGUAGAUGCCCAUAUAAAAAAUGUUCCAUUGUUGAUUUAUGUAUAUAAAUAGUUCAUUACAAAAUAAUAAGUAACCUGGUUUAAAACCCAGAAA